AGUACUCCAAAUCAGCCCAAAAUUGAACCCCAAUUCAAUUUGGGUUCUAAUUAAUAAGAUCAAAAAUCUGAAUCACGCCAACAUGAAUUUUGUCAGUCUUGACCUGUUGGUACCUUACACAGCCGUCCAAAGGACUAAAAGCUACUACCACGCUUGCCGUCCACGAUGGGUUAAUAAUCUUGAGAAAGAGACGAGCAAUCCAAUGCCUCCCUCCCAAUUUCGGACCUUUCUUUGUCCUUGAGUUUCUCUCCAUUUUGGUGUUCGGCUAAAAAAAACAAAUCUCUCUCUCUUUUCAAAUUGGUUCCCUUUGUUUCUAUCUACUAUAAAUCUUCUACUCCUAAUGUCAUCUUUCUUUUGCAGUCUCUUUAAGAACCUUUUUUUUUUUUUUUUUGAUAAGUAGUCUCAUUAAGAACUUAGGGUACCACCCUUGAGAAAGAGAGAGUAAUGGCAGAUUGGGGGCCAGUGGUGAUAGCAGUAGUGCUAUUCGUGCUAUUGACGCCGGGGCUGCUGUUCCAGCUUCCAGGGAACAAACGGGCGGUGGAGUUUGCCAACAUGCAGACAAGCGGUGUAUCCAUCUUAGUCCAUACCAUCAUCUUUUUCGGCCUCAUCACCAUCUUUCUCAUUGCCAUCGGAGUCCACAUCACCACAGGAUAAUUUACAUUCAACACCACCAUCCACCUCCUAACCCUGUGCUGGUUAUAUUUCACUGCAUUGGUUUUGUUGGGGAGGGUGGGGGUUAGCUAUUAAAUUUUUUUUGGGUGUUUGUGAUGGUUGUAGUUAAUGACAAACCGCCUUUGUGAUUUUGUAUGUCAAUGUGGAUUUGAAAUGUUGGUAAUUGGUAAAAGUUGUAGCUGACAGCAUAUUGUGUAGAAGUGUAUUUCUAAGGAACUGAAACACACCUGAAUUUUUCAUCUGCCACUCGUCACUGUACAUCCUUCAGUUUCUUUGAGGCCACCUUUUUAGAUAGCUCCGUUUGAGAAAUGGUAGCCUUUUAUCCUUAUACACCUGU